UACCCUUCACACUCUGAAAACCUCUGUCCUCUUCUCGCCGCUCUCCAUUUCCCCACUCACAGAUUUCCCUCUCUUCUCUUCUUAUAUUUGAAUCUUCAUUUCAUAAAAUUGUUCUACUCCAUCUCUGCUGGAAUUCCCAUUUUGUUUUCCUUCGUCCAAUAAACUAUGGGACGGGUAGACGAUAUCAUCGACGAGGGUGAAACCUGCAGCGGCCAGCAGCUAGAAACAGGGCUUCUGCAGCCGCCGGCGAGCCAGAACGACAUCGUCGGCGAAGGGUUUACUCCAGCGGUUGUUCUUAGCACCUUGGUCGCCGUGUGCGGUUCCUUGGCUACUGGUUGCGCUGUAAGUUCAAAAUUAACUCGAAUUUGUAGUUUCUCCCUUCUCCACUCUUAUUUAAUAGACGUAUGCAUAUAUAUUUAUAUAUGUAUUUUAUAUAUUUAAAUCUUUUAAUUUUGUACUGAUGCUAAAUCAUAUUUUUUUACCAUCAAUUUGAUGACUCUAGUGUUAAAUAUGGCCAACUUGGGAAGAAAUACUUUAUAUUGACACCUUAAAGUAACGGAAUAGGGGGCCUGAAAUUCCAACAAAAGAGAGCCCUGAAUUUUAUAUUUGGCCGGCCAACGAUGGUCCUUGUGGGCAUUAAUAAAAUUUAACCAAAUCAGAUACGUCGAAAGAGAAAGGAACAAUAUUUUAAGAGGAUGAAUAGUAGGGAUGACAAUGGUUGGGUUUGGGGUGGAUUUGCGUAAAUCAUCUUCAUUCUCAUUUUCAAAUACUCAAAUCCAUACGCGUUCCAUACUUAUGUGGGUCCAUCUCUGUAUUUGUGGGUUUCGGUACACAUGGGUAAGGCCAAGUCCAAUGCAAAACCCCAAAUUUGGGGGCCUUGAACCCCAAAUUUGGGGAUUGAACCCCAUUUUCCCUUUUUUUGCUCCAAUGCAACAAACUCCAUAUUUGGGGUUCUUAAUAUUUCCAGUUUUUCCAUUUAUUUAGAAAUGUACUUAUCGAAACUUUAAUGUAAUUUGUUCAUGUUAAUUUUUGUAUAGUUCUUCAUUAUUUUUAAAUACAAAUUUUUCGAUAGAAUUUUGUUAAAUUUCGAGACCGAAUUUUUUUUGGCGAAAAAUUAUGGACCUAAUUUGGGUUUACACACAACACUUCAAAAUGAUAAAGCUUAACGAGUUGACAUAAUAAUUCAAAUGGUACAAUUCAUAGGUUACACACAACACUUGCUAAUCAUAAAGCUUAAAUAUUACACACAAAUAUUAAACACAAAUUAAAUACAAUCUAAAAAGGUUAAAUACAAACAUUAAUUUCUCUUCCCCUAAUUAAUUACAUUCAAUUUUCUUAAUCAAUUGCCUUAAUCAAUUUCCUUAAAUAACUCAACACCUUUCCUUUCUUCCCUUAAUUAAUCACAUUAAUUAGCAAGCAAUUAAAAAAAAGCACUGCUGGGCGGUUUCCAUUCCCCAUAAAUGCCGAGUUCGGCAUUCCCUCCUCCAUAUUUGGCGACGCAGAUGCCGAUGCCCUCCAUAAAUGCCGAUCUUCGCCAUUUUUCGGCCCUGCAUUGGAGCUCCAAAAUCGCCAUUAAUGGCGAGAACCCCAUAAAUGCAAGCUGCAUUGGAGUCAGCCUAAUACCAGCCUCUGUACAUCCAACAUUAUUACUUAAAAUUUAGAAGAAAACUUCUAAUUAUAACAGUAAACAAAUCUAUUAUAUUAUGAAGUUAACAAAAUACAGUCAUUUUCUUAACACGGUUCAAAAAAUAUGAUCCUAAAACAUUCGUUAAUACAUAAUAUAGAGUACAAUAUUUUCCAAAUUAUUAUGCUCUAACUCUAAUACAUCUACUAAGUAAUAAUUAACCAACAUAAUCUUGUUGGUAAGGGGGAAAGUGAGAGAGUGAAGGGAGAAUUGAGGAAAAUGAAUUAGGUUUUGAUUAGAGUGGCCACUCAAUUGCAUUUCUACUAUUUAUUUUCUCGAGUUAUCCUCGUCAAUCAACAUUGAAAUAUUACAAUUUGAUCCGCAUAUUUUUUUAUAUGCGAAGAAAUUCUCUUGGUGGGCCGGUAUGGGUAUGGGGCGGUGGAGGCUAAAACCAUACCCGCCCCAUACCCAUCAAAUUUUGUGCGGGUUUUACUCAUACCCGCCCCAUUCCUGAUCAAAUCGGGGAUUUCCCAUAUUAACUGAGUCGGGGGCGGUCGGGUAACCGUGGCCAUAGGUUUGAUUGUCAUCCCUAAUGAAUAGCUAUACAAUAAUAUAUACUAUUUUCUCAAGAGAAUGAUAAAAGAUAUUGGAUUAUAUUUGGAUAACAAAUGAGCCUCUUCAUUCCCAUUUUCAUUGAUUAUGCUGCUAGAGUUGGGAUGCUAAUCAGUUUGAUUUCGAUUGAUUACUUAGUAAAAAUGCAUAUUUAAAAUCAAAUUAAUAAGACAUAUCAGUUAACUUCCUAUUAUCAGUCCAGCUAACGGUUAGUUUAGCGGUUGAACAAUAAAAGUCUGUUUACUUGAAACAUAAUUUUAAAGUGUAAACUUCUAUACAAAGUCACAUUUUAUGUCCACUUAAUUAAAACAUAUAGAUAUAGGAGUUUGCUACAUGAGUUGUGAUAAAUUCCAAGUAAUUUACUUGGUGUUUGGUUGAGAUUUCUAGUAGACCACAAGGUUGGUCAUGUCAACUACAUUAGUAACCAGGUUUACUUGGAUUUAUGAAACUCUUUUAUAUGGGCUAGCAAUUCAUUAAGAUAAUUUAUUAUUCGAGCUUUGUUUGAUAGUAGGGUCGUCAUAUUUAGUUUGAGUGUCGCUAAGAGCAACAAUUAUGUAAAACAACAAAGUCAUAACUUCAUCACAAUUUUGAAGAUCAUAUUCACGAUCAUCUGCUUUUUGAUUGGCCAACAGUUUUCAACAUCAUAUGUUGUACUUGUACAUAACUUUUCGUUGAUUUUUCCUUUCAUGCAUCUAUACGUUUGGGCCAAACAUUGCGAGUCUAAUAUUUUUCAGCCUUGUGAAACAAAUAGUCAUACACUUUAUUUUAAAUCAUCGCACGUAAUGAUCGAAUCAUAUCCACUUCAACUUAUUUCUCCCUUUCUGAAUGUAUAACUCAACUAACUAAGAAGUUGAACAUCUAGUGGUAGUAUCUUGUUCGAUAGAUGGUAAUUUUGUCCUCUGAUUGAUACGUAUAGCUCUUGCCCAUCAUUCAAAUAAUGAUUCAUCUUGUCAUUCAUAUAAUUAAAGUCAAAAGAUACCAUUGUAGAUACUUACGUAAUCUCAAAAUUAUUUUGCAACUUUUAUAUCUCACACUGACAAAACCAUUAGGAAUUGAGAUGUGACCGAUCUUGUCACUCAUAGAACUAAACUCUAUGAUACUAUUAUAGGUCAUUAUGUACACCUGAACAUUACCAUUUUAGCUCUAGAGAUAGUCCUCCUCCACUUUUCAUUACCAUACAAUACUAAUUAAAUAACCAAAGAUCCAAUAAAAAGAACAGUAGCGAUAGUUGUAGUGUUCUUCCUGAUAGUUUAUGUCCUUCAUCAUUAGAACUACAAAUGAUGAAGCUUUAUCGUAUGCAAUAGAGUUCCCUAACAGACAUUAUAAUGAACAACUUACAUGAAU